UCAUAGACGGGCAUAGGAGGGGAUUUGGUGUCAGAGUUCUUCAUUGUAACUGACACGUGAUUGUGCAGUAGUUCCAGGUAGUAACGUCUUAUUGCUGGAGACUAUGGAGCUUAAGUGGAGGCUGUGCAUGUUGCUGCUGGCCCUAGGCUGGACUUCUACCCUGGUCCAGGCCGACAGCGAGGAUACAGACAUCGAUGUGGAGGACGAUCUCGAUGUAGCUGGGGAGGAGGAAGAGGAGCCGAAGCAGGCCAGCCCCCCUUCUGCUCCCAAGGUAACCUAUGAGGCUCCUGUUGCAACCGGCGAUUUCUACUUUGCUGAGUCCUUUGACAGAGGAACCUUGGAUGGGUGGAUUUUGUCAAAAGCUAAGAAGGAGGGUAUUGAUGAAGAAAUUGCAAAGUACGAUGGCCAAUGGGAAGUGGAAGAAAUGGUCGACUCCAAACUCCCUGGAGACAAAGGCCUCGUCCUGAAGUCUCGUGCCAAACACCACGCCAUCUCCGCCAAACUCCUGAAGCCUUUCGUCUUUGACACCAAGCCCCUCAUUGUUCAGUAUGAGGUAAAUUUCCAGACUGGAAUUGACUGUGGUGGGGCUUAUGUGAAACUCCUUUCCCAAACACCUGAUCUGAACUUGGAUCAGUUUGUGGAUAAGACCCCAUACACCAUUAUGUUUGGGCCUGACAAAUGUGGAGAGGACUACAAGCUGCACUUCAUCUUCCGCCACAAGAACCCCAAAACAGGAGAGUAUGAGGAGAAGCAUGCCAAGAAACCUGACGCAGACCUCCGCACCUACUACACUGAUAAGAAGACCCACCUUUACACCCUGGUGCUGAACCCAGACAACAGCUUUGAGAUCCUCAUCGACCAGACAGUCGUAAAUAGUGGGAAUCUCCUGAAUGACGUGAGCCCUGCAGUCAACCCCCCUGCCGAGAUUGAAGAUCCUGAUGACAGGAAGCCUGAAGACUGGGAUGAGAGGCCCAAGAUCCCAGACCCUGAUGCAGUCAAGCCUGAGGACUGGGAUGAAGAUGCUCCAGCAAAGAUCCCGGAUGAAGAAGCUACAAAACCAGAGGGCUGGUUAGAUGAUGAACCAGAAUACGUCUCAGACCCUGAUGCAAUCAAGCCUGAGGACUGGGAUGAGGAUAUGGAUGGUGAAUGGGAAGCUCCUCAGAUCCCCAACCCUAAAUGUGAAACUGCCCCUGGCUGUGGUGUUUGGCAGAGACCCGUGAUUGACAAUCCCAACUACAAGGGCAAGUGGAAGGCGCCCAUGAUCGACAACCCUAAUUACCAGGGAGUGUGGAAACCUAGGAAAAUCCCCAACCCCGAUUUCUUUGAAGAUCUGCACCCCUUCCGCAUGACGCCCUUCAGUGCUGUUGGGCUGGAGCUCUGGUCCAUGUCCUCGGACAUCUUCUUCGAUAACUUCAUGAUCUCCUCGGACCGCGCCGUGGCGGAUCAGUGGGCCAACGAUGGCUGGGGGCUGAAGAAGGCCGCCGAGGGAGCUGCAGAGCCUGGUCUGGUGGGUCAGAUGAUGUCCGCAGCGGAAGAGAGACCCUGGCUCUGGGUGAUCUACAUCCUCACGGUGGCCCUGCCUGUCUUCCUCGUGGUUGUCUUCUGCUGUUCUGGAAAGAAAAAGCCAUCUGCUGCAGAAUACAAAAAAACGGAUGAGCCCCAGCCUGAUGUGAAGGACGAGCAGGAGGAGGAAGAAAAGGAAGAUGGUGAGGAGGAAGAAAAGGAAGAUGGUGAGGAGGAAGAAAAGGAAGAUGAGGAGAAACCAGAGGAGAAGAAGAGUGAUGGAGAAGAGGGCGCAGGGGAGCACAGCCAGGAGGAAGAGGAGGAAGGGGAAGAACGUGAUGCUGAUAAAACUGCCAAGAAAAAAGAGGAUGUCCUGAGACAGUCUCCCAGAAACAGAAAACCCAGAAAAGACUGAUGGACACCCUGGUUCAUGCAGCUCCCGGGGAGCCUUCUGCUACCACAACUCUGGACUAUCUCACAGCAGCAACAAAACAGCAGCAACAUGUUUUUAAGAGUGAAACAAUCGUGACCAUGAACUGUGGCAAUGAUUAAUGAUAAAGUAGAGACUGGCUGUACAAAAACUAUUUCAUUCCUUAUAAUGCAGCUGACACUAGCCUUGGGACCCAACACAACUGCCAUUUCACCCAUAGCUUUUAAGAACAGACAGUAUUGAUUUGUGCUUUAAUGAACACUACAAUUACAUUUUUUUGUAUUGGAUGAAAGUCAAGACAUCAGAUAAUACCAAACCCCUGCACUAGGUUUCACAUCUUAAGUUCCCCUGUUUGAGAUGGAUGAAUCAAUGAACACAGACUGGAUUGUUUAACGUCUAUUUAAAGGGGUGUUUCAGAUGUAUCGUCUAAAAAUACUGCAUAUAUUGAACCUGAGAACAGGGUUUGAUAUGUGAAUUGAAAUUGUGAUCCGUUUCUUUGUGUUGGAUCAAGUGUUCAUUCAGGUCUGUAUUUGUUAAUUAUAAUAGCCCAUUAAGGAUACUUGCUCUGUUAAUUUUACAGUCCAGAACUUUCUGUGGUAAAUGUGGUCUUCCUUCUACUGUUCAGAGGCCUGUGAUGGCUCAGACUAAAGGGAGUUCAAUUGGGGGCCCUUAGGUUAGAAAAUGCUGCCUUGUUAUUCAAGAAGGCCAGGAUUUCUGAAUGAGUUCCUGAAUGUAAUGUGAGAGGAUGUUUUUUUUUAAUAUAUUACUUCUUGAGCAUUUUUUAUUUUUUAAUUUUCAUUUCCAUCAUUGUUAGUAUUAGAAUAUUUUUAGUUAGAUAAAAUGGAGGGACAGUAUACAGUCUAUAAAGGAAAAUAAAGUUUUGCAUUCCUUAGAUGAAAAGUCAGCAACUGGUGAAUUAAACGCUUACAUGCUGAUGUGAAUAGAUGUUAAACCCAAGCGUUCAAACCUCAAAUCUGUAUGAAGAGCAUACACUUGAUCUGGGAGUUUCCAGGACUGUUCCGCCUCUGACAUAAGGUACUACCCAUUCCUACGUGAGUACUUUGGUGCACAUCCUGUGAUCUAAUUUCCUGGCUAUAAAAGGUGCCAACACAGAAGUGCCUGGUUGCUUUCUGAGUUUCAGGCAUCAAGCCUAUUUAAUCCUGCAUUUAUUCGUGAUGAUAAACGCAGAGAAGAAUCUGAAAUGUUAUCCUAAACCCCCAACACUUUAUUCUCCAGAACAAGGUCACAGUUGUCUUGGUAUAAGGGCUGCAGAUUUUAAAGGGCUUUCAGUGCUUGCUCCUGGCCAGCUACUAAACACUUUUUUCUUCUGUCAUGUCUUAACUGAUUGCACUGACUUCAAAACUGAAUAAAAGUUGCUCUUCUUAUUUGCUGUAUUACAAAUGGAAUUCCAUUUUGUAUACAUUAUGAUAAUGAAUAUUUUGAUAUUGGUUUUCCUGUAGGCAAAGUGCAGUAUUUAUUACUUUUAAUGAUGUUACUGAUGAGCCAUGAUGUACUAACAUCUACAGCAUUCAGGGUAUCAGCCUUUUGAAUAGAAGGAGCAGGCCUUUACUUUGUACAGCUCGGGCUGCAUUGCUGCAUCUGAUAAUGGAAAGCUGUUUUGAAAAAGUCACGUUUUAUUGAGAGAUGGUCCAAAAAUCUAAAAUAAAAAUACCAAGGAUUGCUCUCAGUUUCAUAUUUAUGGAAUGCUAAACUUUGUUCUGGGGGAAUUUAACAGCUUGAAGAAAUAACAUUUUAAAGAGUUAUGAUUGGCACACAUUGUUGGCAGCAUGUCAUACGUCUGCUACUGUCCAAAGAAACCAAUUAUCCCACUGCACAAAAAUAAAAUAAUUUGACAUGAAGAGAUGUAGGGGUGGCUGAACUUCUUUGGCUAUUUUUCAUUCCAAGUAGUUCUUCUGAGAACUGAUGGUGUUCACAUGGAGAUAUUGAGGACAUCAGUACCACCAGCUCUUCAACCGAAAGAGCUACAGACUAAAAUCAUUCUGACAUGGUGUUUUGUUACUUUCAUUCAUUUAUUUUUAAUAACCAAGUUCAGAUCAAUUUGAUGGGCUAAGCUUUCUAUUUCUCCAUCAACCUGUUUCUUUUCUUCCAAGUCAGUUUGAUAGGAUUGGGAGAGUCCAGGCAUAUCUAAAAGUUAUAAAAACAUCUGGAUUGGUGAAAAGCUCUUGGUAAAAAAACAAAACCAAGGUGAGGUUCCCCCCCCCCCCCCCCUUGUUCUAGAAAUAUGGUUUACUAUUUUAAAGUGGUCAUGUAUUUCAGUUCCUAUUUCUAAAGCCUAACCUUGAUUCAUCCACUCUUUCAUAGAUGUGUGCUGUUCCUCACGGAGUUUCUGUGGAAUUAUGGAACGUCGGUUACCAGUUCCUAACACAUUAAUCAUGCACCAAAUAGAAUAAUAGAUGGAAUUUUGAGAUAAAAUAUUGUACAAUAAAUUUGAGUUUGGGCUAUUACCAUUUUGUUUUUGUCUCCACAAAAUUCAUAAUUUCUUCAGAGUUGAUGUCUUUUUAUUUGGUGGGACACUUAAAUGCAGUUGUAUAAAUGGAUCUGUGGAAUGUUUUGCAGAGAAAUAAAACAUUGAUGGAU